AUGCCGGCCGGAAAAUGGACCUCUGGUAUCCGGAUGGCUGGGGAUGCCGAUGUGCAGACGUGGUUCGGGCAGUGUGGUGCCGUCAUCACUGGUUCUCCAGGGGCACGCCAGACUGCAACCGGCCCCGUCGCAGCUCUGGUUAUCUUGGACUCCUGGUGUCUUGUUUGGUCAGGACUGGCCAAUUAG